AUGAGGGAACGCAGGAAUGGGGGAAUAAGAGAAGGAGGGAAUAAGGGAAUGGGGGACCCGGUGAACGGUGAAACCGUGAACGGUGAAACCGGUGAACGAGUGAGCGGGGGAACCAGGGAAUGGGGGAACAGGGGGAUUGGGGAACCAGGGAACAGGGUAAAGGUAGAACUAUGGACUCAUCGAGCAGCUAAACUAAUAGUAACAGUCCUGAGCCUGAAAGGAACAACUGUUAAUCCUGUACACAAGAUUAGUCCACCGAGUGCCACCCGCGUUUCCCCACCUCCACCACCGAAUAAUAACAGGCAGAAAUGUCCAAGCUGUGGUGAAGGAGGCCAUCGUAGAUCCAGUUGUAAGUACCGAAAUCUUACUUGUCAUUCAUGUGGCAAACAUGGUCACAUUUCUCGUGCUUGCAAGUCACCAAAGUCAGUACACCAAGUCGAAGGAAGCCCUGAAAAUGAGGACACUUUCUCUGCAUCCCUAUAUAAGCUUGGUUCAAAUAAGCAGGCCAUCGUGACAUCUGUCGAAGUUCAAGGUCACCCUCUCUUGAUGGAAAUCGAUACAGGGGCCAGUAUCUCAAUUAUUUCUCAGGAAACAUAUAAGAAACAUUUCUCCAACAUUCCACUUGUACGCAGUCCCACCAAUUUACACACAUACACUGGAGGGAACAUCCCUGUUUGUGGACAAUUCUUAGCAGUGGUAAACUACCAAUCCCAACAAGCAAGUCUCCCUCUUACGGUCGUGGGUGGAUGUGGACCCUCACUACUAGGUCGUGAUUGGCUUCACAAGAUUAAGUUAAAUUGGCACGAGAUUCUGAAGAUCGAAGUGUCCUCCCCAGCUAUUCCCACCUCUAGCAAUCAGCGCCUGCAAGCUGCCAUUCAGCGACACCCUGCCAUAUUUCAACCGGGACUUGGCACACUUAAGGGAAUAACAGCCCAACUUGAAUUGAAGGAUGGUGCCAAGCCGAAGUUCUGUAAAUCCCGCCCUGUUCCAUAUGCCCUGCAGGGCGCAGUGCAAAAUGAAUACGAUCGUUUAGAGCAACAAGGCAUCAUUGAGAAAAUUGAAUACAGUGAGUGGGCUACACCCAUGGUCCAUGUUCCAAAAAGCGAUGGUCAAAUGCAAACCCGCUCAUGUGGUGAUUAUUCUGUUACCCUCAAUCCUUCCCUUAAGGUACCUCAGUACCCCAUGCCAGUACCCGAAGAUGUUUUCCGACAGUUGAGUGGGGGAAAACUGUUUACCAAAUUGGACCUUACCAAUGCCUAUCAGCAAAUGCUGCUAGAUCCCAAAAGCCAACAAUACGUCACCAUCAAUACUCACCGUGGCCUCUACAGAUACAAGCGCCUUCCUUUUGGCAUAGCGUCCUCACCUGCCAUUUUUCAGCGCACCAUGGAGAUAAUUCUACAAGGCUUGGAACAUGUCACAGUCAUUUAG